AUGGCGUGGUCUUCCCUCUCCCGUCUGUUCUCCUUGUGCUUUGCCCUGUUGUACGCCGCGUCCCGCUAGCCGAGGCGGGGAUCUGCUGGCGAGGAGAUGCUGUGGGUGCCGGGAGCUGAGGGACAAGCGAGGGCCGGCCCUGAGUGGGGCUGGGGUGGAGGCAGGGGGCAGCGUUAGGGGCUGUGCGGACACGGCGGGUGCUGGGGAGCAGUCGGGGUGGCUCGAGUUGGAAGGGUCCGUGGUUGGGAGGACCUGGUUCCGGCGUCCCCUGCAGGGCUGUAGGACACCUGCAGACUUUCCUGUUAGCAUCUCGCAUUAAUUAUUUGGCUGAAAAUCGCGCGGUCUUCGCAGGUAGUAAAGCGGGAAGCCGUAAAAAUGCUCCCUUGAUAUAUUUUGAAUCGCUGUCUUAAUGCUGAGGAUACCUGGUGGAGUGCUGGGACUGAGGGUAGCGGUGGUACAUGUGAUGUGGUCACACGCUGCUCGAAGCUAAACCAGCGUCGUAACCUUUGUUCACUGGCAUGAGCUGCCCAGCCAGCAGCCCGGGGCUCUUAGUAGCUUUUUGUGGCAACUUUAUGGUUUUUAUGUAGCACAGUGCAUAGUUUCAGUAGGAUGAGUGCAUGCGCAGACCUUAUCGGAGGUUUGUACAACCGCGUCAAUAGUGCACCCUCUUGCUUUUCCCAUCUUUGGAAGGAGCGCUUGACAUAGGCCAAAAAAAGUACUUAUCAGUCUGCUGAUGCCCUGUAUUGACUCUCAUCCUGCACAGUCAGGUGGCUUAGAGAGUUCUGUUGUCUCGUAUAAUCCCACGUGUCCUGGCAUUUUUCUCACCUGCAGUUCAGGUGAAGAGCCACUUGCUAUCACCAAUGUGCACGUGAAAUGGAAAGGGAACAGAUUAUGGAAAGCAGCUUCUGUUUCAACCUUGCCAGAUGCUGCGUGAAGUGAAAUGACUGAUAAAACAAUUUCACAGAAGAAAUCACUGAACUUAAACCAGAAUGUGAGUGUCCAGAUGCAUAAAGGAGUUUAAGUGACUGCUCUACUUGACCAAAAUGGUGGACACUGAAAACCAUCUCUAUCCACUUACUCCCCUAGAGGAGGAUGAUAUAGGUAGUCCUUUAUCUGGGGAGUUUCUACAAGAUAUGGAGAACAUACAAGACAUUUCUCAGUCUCUAGGUGACGAUAGCUCAGGAGCUUUAAGUUUAACAGAGUUCCAAUCACUGGGAAAUGGUCCAGGAUCUGAUGGAUCAGUUAUAACAGACACCCUUUCACCAGCAUCCAGUCCUUCAUCCAUUAAUUUUGCCACAGCUCCAGGUAGCAUAGAUGAAUCACCCAGUGGAGCAUUAAACAUUGAAUGUAGAAUUUGUGGGGAUAAAGCCUCAGGCUACCAUUACGGAGUACAUGCUUGUGAAGGUUGUAAGGGUUUUUUUAGGAGAACAAUCCGAUUAAAACUCAUCUAUGAUAAAUGUGAUCGCAAUUGCAAAAUUCAGAAAAAAAAUCGUAAUAAGUGCCAAUACUGUCGUUUUCAAAAGUGCCUUUCAGUUGGAAUGUCACAUAAUGCAAUACGUUUUGGACGAAUGCCGAGGUCUGAGAAGGCCAAGUUGAAAGCAGAAAUUUUAACGGGUGAAAAUUAUCUAGAAGAUUCAGAAAUGGCAGAUCUUAAAUCACUUGCCAAAAGAAUUCAUGAUGCUUACCUGAAAAACUUCAAUAUGAACAAGGUUAAAGCCAGAGUCAUCCUUGCAGGGAAAACUAACAACAAUCCGCCCUUUGUCAUACAUGAUAUGGAUACCCUGUGCAUGGCAGAGAAGACACUGGUAGCAAAAUUGGUUGCCAAUGGAAUUCAGAACAAGGAAGCCGAAGUCCGAAUCUUCCACUGCUGCCAGUGUACAUCUGUAGAGACUGUCACAGAACUUACUGAAUUUGCCAAAUCUAUCCCUGGUUUCUCCAAUCUUGACUUGAAUGAUCAAGUGACGCUGUUGAAAUACGGAGUUUAUGAAGCCAUCUUUGCCAUGUUAGCAUCUGUAAUGAACAAAGAUGGGAUGCUGGUAGCCUAUGGAAAUGGUUUUAUAACUCGAGAGUUCCUGAAAAGUCUGAGAAAGCCGUUCUGUGAUAUAAUGGAGCCAAAAUUUGAUUUUGCCAUGAAAUUCAAUGCACUGGAACUGGAUGAUAGUGAUAUAUCACUUUUUGUCGCUGCCAUCAUUUGCUGUGGAGAUCGUCCUGGUCUCGUAAAUGUGGGACACAUAGAAAAAAUGCAGGAGAGCAUUGUGCAUGUACUGAAACUGCACUUGCAAACCAACCAUCCUGAUGAUACCUUCCUCUUCCCAAAACUUCUCCAAAAAAUGGCGGACCUCCGGCAGCUUGUCACAGAGCACGCUCAACUUGUUCAGAUAAUCAAGAAGACUGAAUCUGAUGCACAUUUACACCCUUUACUGCAGGAAAUCUACAGGGAUAUGUAUUAAGGAUUUUUAGUAUUUUUUCCACGAUAUUUAAAGACAACAGCAAUAUUAAUAAUAGAUGGGAGCAAAAUCACUUGCUAUCAGCUGUUCACUCAGUUCGGAGCGUGAAAAGUGUAAAAGCUAAGUAACUGGAGUGCUGCAGGUCUUUUGGUUUGAGUUCUUCUGUCUUCAUUCGAAUGAGUUCUGCAGAAAAAUACUGAUUGUAAUGUUCAUGAAGCGCCUUAAAGCAGUUCUUUUAUUUGGAAAUCUGAAGAUUGCUAAAGAACAUAUAUUUGUAUAAUAAAUCAGAAUGUUAAGUAACAGAAAUGAGGAGAAAAAAAAGAAAAAAAAAAAGUAUUUCCUCUUGGCUUAGUCAUUUUAGAGUUACAAUAACAAAUUCAGCAGAUUCCUCCAGCUACAAGCACCGUCAUAAAGGUGACGCGUUCUUGGCUAAUGGAAAUACUGAAGGACAACUAAUAUUUUUUGUUAGAGGCAAUCAGUCUAGAUUUAUCAAAUGAUUGGGUAUUACUGUACAUACAUAUAUACAAAAUUUGAAAGACCUUUCUUGUGCCAUUGCUUGAAAUCCAUGAAGCACACUACAGCUGCACAUAGCAUGGCAUUGGUGUACUUUACAAUUAGUGCACUGAAAAGACAAUACUCUCAAUAGAUGAAAUAAAAUCCCAAGCAUUAAAAUAAACAAUACAGCAGAUAGUACUAUUCAGGUUUUUCUGGAAGAGUAAAAGUGCUAAGUCAUGGAACUGUUGUUUGGAAAGGAAAGGAAAUGCAAAAAUCUCCCUGAGGAAAAACGUGUCUAACCAUGUGUAGCUUGGAAAACUUACAAUAGCUCAAGAUGCAGUCAGUUUUGACUUAAGAAUACAACUUUGAAUCAGCCAGAGUUCUGGACAGACAGAAAAAUCUGAUCCUAGUCGAGGGGGGAGAGUGGGGGAAGAAUUUCAACUGUACAGCAUUCUAGUGCAAUGAUAGCUUACUCUGAAGAAAUGAUUACAUAGGAAAGGUACUUUCUUGUCCUGUAUUUUGGCAGUAUGGAGUUAAUUGAACUUGUUUACUUUUCUGAUGAGUACUUUUUUUUUUUUCCAAUUCUUCACUCAUAUAUUUCUAAUCUCUGAUAGACGUUGCCUAUAGAAGUAAUAGCUGGAUUAUUUUACCAAAUUUUCUCCUUCUCAUUAGAGCCAUAGUAGAUAAAGUGGCAAGAAAAUAGAGCUUGUCAAUUGUCUGAUGUUAUGAAAGAGAGUACAACUGAGAGUAAGUUUAUCAUAUACCCGAGUGUUUUAUGAUAGAACUUACUCUUGAUUAAAAAUAAGCUACAAGGAAACUGCUUGCCUAUGGCAUUUUGCAGGGUCCCUUAUUGAGAUUAAUGCACAAAAUGUGAAAGCAAGUGCUAGUUGCAUACAAGGCACUGUGCUAGUUUUUUUUUUCUUGACAUUUUUUAAUCUGGUAAUUUCAGUUUGUUAUUUCUGCAUUUUACUAUCUGUUUCAUAGCAAAGGCUUCAGGAGCCAGUCUUAACAUUUUUGCAACAGUUAAGCAUUCAGUGCCACAGGAUGACAAGUUCUCCUUGUUUUAUUGUAGCUUGUUUGGAAACAUUAGGAUCUUAAACAUUCUCUGAAUUAAUUAAGAUGGAUGAAGUGAGAACAUCAUGUAUUGGUGCUUAUUUAGUUACAUUUGUUUUUGCACAAGCCCACUGGCAUGGCUAGGCACUGAAAAAACUACUGGUUUAACAGCAAUUUGGUAUUUACCUAGAUGAUGGCCAUUAGCAGAAGUUUUAGUGUGAAAUACUAAAGCAUCAGCCUCAAAUUUGGUGACCUUCUAGGGCAAGAUAGAAGAAUUAGGUCCACAUGCGCAGAACUUCCUCCUUUGCAUUCCCUGUCAGUUACCUUCUUCUCCCCACAGCUGGGAUGAAUAAGCAUUAUGUUACAGCUCCUUCGAACACUUCAGUAAGGGAAGAUUGUUGGUUUUACUGGGAAACAGUGGAUGAGAAAUGGGUUGUCUUGUGUCUUGCAACAGUAAGUACUAUGCCCUCAGAAAUAACAAGAAGAUUUUAUCAGUAAUGCUGCUUAAUUCUUCAAGUCAGCCUUGUCUCUCAAGGAAACGGUGGCUUUUGGGUAUAAGAUAGUCAGCACUGAGGUAUUUGAUAAGCAAUAUUGCUUAGUUAAGGAAGUAGCCAAAAUCUCACAAUGGCAUAUUAGCAAUCUGUAAGCAUUGCAUCCAUCCAUAGGAAGUGUGCAGUGCUUAGCAGCGUGCAGCUGAUGGUGGUGGAAAUUCUAACGGUGGAAACUCUAACAGCCAACUGGCUCAAGUUUGUCUUCUGAAGAAGUGUAAGCUGCAUUUUCCCCCAAAGCACAGUCAUGUGCAAAGUGCAAAUUUGAAAGUUCUCUUCCAUUACUUGCAUGUACUGAAGUUUCUCAGAAAACAAACAAACAAACAAACGAAAAGACAAAAUCACUGUGGAGAAAACGUAUUUUCUCCGUUAUUGUUUCCAAAAAUGGCUAAUGCACUCAACUGGAACUGAAAACUUUCAUUAUAAAUACUUAAAUUUGGCAAAAUUAUAAAGAAUUUAAAACAGCUUUGUAUCUAUAUUAGAAGCCUCUUUGUAACAGGAUCCCAUUACUUUAGAAAAUUAGGAAAGUGUGUUAUUUGCAUUUUUUCUUACUUCAGGUGCGUUUUUUCUUAGUAACAAAGGAAAAUGCAAGCUUUUUUUUUUUUUUUAAUAAUCCCUUUGGACACCAGCAUUCAAUUUCUAUUUUAAAUUAAAUUGCAGGCCUUUAAAUGUAUGGCAAGAAUACAUCUGUGAGUUACAGAAGCAUAAACAAGAUGAUAAUGUAGCUGAAAAUUCCGGAUAAAUUCCACCAUCUACAGGUUUGCACUGUGCAUGUACCCACAGACUCCUUCUGUGGAGAUAUUCAGGACUUACCUGGACACUUUUCUAUGCAACCUCCUGUAGUGAACCUGCUUUAGCAGAGGAGGUUGGACUCUGAUCUCCAGAGGUCUCAUCCAACCCCAGUGAUUCUGCAAUUCUGUGCGUUUCUCAAAGAAUGAAACAGAGCAGACAGUUCACUUGCAUAAGUGUGCAAAAGGAAGUUCUUAAUUUAAACCUUAUGCUUCUAAAAAGUUACAUCAGAGACUUGUGUGGAUGACUAAAGUAGAUAUUUGCCAAUUAGAUGUCAAAAGUACUCAAUUUACGUUCAUUUUCAAGAAGUUUGGAGUCUGACAAGUUUUAAGUAUAUUACUGAGGAGCUUUCAGCAUCUCCACAUCAUAGAGAUCAUUUAAUAUUUUAAAAUGUUCAAUCUAUGGAGAGAAAUAAAGUUAGCUGAUUUCAGGAUAAAGAUUUAUUAAAGGCUUAUUAAUUUGCUAUGAAUAGUUUUGAUCUGAUUCUUAUCUACGCUAGCUUAUUUUAAUGUAAUAGCAUUGAAGACCAGGAGUGCCUAACUGUGGGAAUGAGCUUACAACCAGAGGCAGCAGGUAGAUAGGGAUCCUAAGGAGCAAUGGUGCAAUUUAGGAUUUCAAUAAACCACCUAUUCACUUUGGAGGGUCUUUUUGUUUCUUAGUUUUUGAUUUAUUGGUAAGCCUUAGGUACUUUAAUAGCAGGGAAAAGAAAAAGCAAAAAAAAAUAAGGGUUUGUUUCUAAUAAUUAGGAGUACUCAUUUUCAAACUCUAUAAUAUAUUGUUUAAAGGUACUCUGUGUUCAGUUUGGUAGUGCACAGCUGUCUUUAAGAAAAAAAAACACAAAACAUUGCAUUGUACCUUACGUAAAUUUCGGAAAUCCACUUUUAUUUAAAACACAAAUUGACUGUCAAUGGAUAGGAAUGUUCUCCAUUUACAGAAAUUGAAUCUUUCUUGGCAUUUAAAGAAGUGUUCUUCUUUUGUCAUUUCCAUGUGCCUUUGUGCUUUGGUUCUAGCCAGCUGCUAGAAAGCUGAAGUGUUGCCAAAGAGCAUAUUUUAGCUUUAUUUCUGGCCUGCACAGAUUUAGGAAAUACCAGCAGUUGCACUAAGUCCGUUCUCAUGAGAGAGCUAGCACAAGUUUGCAAAUCAAAGAGCUUAUAAUAAGCAUCCAAACAUUUGUUUGUUUAUUCAAACUGCUAAAGCUUUGGAGAUUUAUUCAUCACGGGAGCUGGGUCACACACUGGUAAAUUGAAACUUCCUCCUUAUCUCUAAUGGAAAGCCUGGACAACUUGAGCAUCGUGUCAGACAAAGAAAUCAGAGAUUGUGCUGUAGCUGCUUCUACUGUGUCUAAAGAGGAACAAUUUCAGCUCUGUCUCUCCUUAAAAGCGACCACGUUACUUAGUAGAAAAUCUGCAACUGCCUUUAACAAAUGCAUUUGCAGCUGUCGGGUUUUUACUUAAGGAUAAGUUCUUAUAAAGAGUGGACCUUCACUGAAAACCCUGAUCCCUUAGUAAGUGUCAAAAUGUGAGGGUUAGUACGGUAUCUGGUACUUGCUUAUAUCUCAAGUGCUUUCUUGAUAAUGAGUUGCAUAUAUAUUUU